CAGCCCACGCGGAUCGGUCGCUAUGGAGAGCAGCUCCCCAGGAGCGCGAGCCAGCCAGAGAGAGCAGAGACGAGCGAGGAGCGAGGAGGACGGAUCAGAGAGUGCCAGAGCGCACACACAGACAACAAUCAUGGAGAAACGAUCACCGCUCAGGAGGACUUUGCCAUCUAACGGACUGCGACUUUUAACAACACUUCUCACCUUUUACGGACUUACCUGUGUGAGCAGUAACCAGGUGGUUGUUCCUGAGAAAGUGAAUGCAGUGCUGGGGAAGAACAUCACACUGGGCUGCAGAAUAGAGGUGGGCUCCAACCUCACACAGAGCUCCUGGGAACGUCUUCUUCCUUCAGGCACCAUUACUUUGGCAGUGUUCAACCCCGAGUUUGGAACCUCCAUCUCUCCAGACUACACCAAGCGCAUCUCGUUUGUUUCCCCCUCUGUACGAGAUGCUACCAUUACCAUUGAAGGAGCUGGCUUUGCAGAUAUUGGGUCCUACACCUGCAAAGUUGUAACAUUUCCUAUGGGCAACACACAAGCAUCAACCUAUGUUAAUGUUUUAGUGGAGCCAAAGGUCUAUGUUUCCGCCGGCCCCGCAGCUCUGCUGGAUGGUGGGAACGAGUCACUGGUGGCCACCUGCAUAGCAGAGCGGGGCCGUCCCGCUGCUGAGGUUUUCUGGGAGACGGAGCUGUACGGACGAAGCGAGAAGCAAAGUCAGGAUGAGCCCAACGGCACCACCACCGCACACGUGCGCUACAUGUGGCAACCGCAGAGCUACGCCCAGGGGAAGCUGCUCACCUGCGUAGUGCGCCACCCGGCCCUGCAGACAGAGUUCCGCAUUCCCUACAUACUAAAUGUGCAGUUUGCCCCAAUGGUAUCCAUAAUAGGAAUUGACAAGAAUUGGUAUGUGGGACAAGAGAAUGUGAAGUUUACCUGUGGAGCUAAAGCCAACCCACCUGCCCGUCUCUUCACAUGGACCAGGUUGGAUGGAUUGAUGCCCGAGGGUGUUGAGAAAUCAAACAAUAGCUUUGCUUUCACUCGCCCUUUGGAGCGCAAUGACUCUGGAGUGUACCGCUGUGAAGUGAUGAACGACAUCGGUCUCCACAGUCAGGAUGUAAACCUCUGGGUACAAGAUCCUCCCCCCACCACGGCCGCCCCCAGCACCACUGCAUCUCUCCUCCACGACACCUCGGGAACCGGCACAGAUGUCGACCAGCGGAGAGCCCUGUUCACCUCCCCGACCCUGGCCUCUUUACCCGACAGCAGCCUGGGUACUAUCGUGGGCGGUGUUGUAGGCGGAGUUUUAUUCCUGAUUCUCUUGCUGAUCCUCGGCGGGGCCUGCUUCAUGCGACAGCGCAGGACCUUCAGAGGAGACUACUACACCAAACAGUACCUGGGACCCUCCGACAUGCAGAAGGAGUCUCAGCUGGACGUGCUGCAGCCGCAUGAGCUGCAGGAGGUCUACGGGGACAAGACGAGCAAAGGCAGCCAGGAGCUCAAACCCAAACUGGGUGGAGACAUCAUUUACCCCGACUACACCCCUGACCACAAGGAUAGGGAUGAUUGGGCCGACAGGGGGGAUGCCAACAGGGGCCUCAAGGAGGGAAACUACUACCCAGAUCACUACAACACCCAAAACAUGCAUCCCUCCGGGCCUCCUGUGCACAGCCCCAUAGUGAGCAACGGCUCCCCCUACCUCCCGGAGGACUGCUUUGACAAUGGUACAGACAGCGACUAUGUGUCCCACGUGGACGGAUCUGUGAUCUCACGCAGGGAGUGGUAUGUUUGAGGAGAGAAAAAAAGUGACAAAUCAAACGACUGACUGAGAAUGAUUCCACAAGAGACAGAUAUAAAUAUCAUUUAAGGUGUCAUUUCAGUUAAAGGAUGAAUACAAUUUCUCAGCGCGGUUUCACAAUGAGCUCUUUGAACAAUACUGCUCGGCCUUGAUUGUAACCACUUAACCUUAAGGACGUGUAUGUGGAUUGUAUUACACUUUUGUAGCAUUUCAAGGAUCUACAAAAUAAGCUGGAACGCCUCUGUGAUUAGUAUCUGCGUAGGCUUAAGAAGCUUUGGCAUACGGUCGACUGAUGUGAAUGAGGUUUUGUAUUCUGCUUGUUUGUGUUUGCACCUGUCUUUAACACAGGUCACAGGUCAGGUGUUCAGACCCUUGUUAGUGAAGUAUUUAUAUCCCUGACUGACUGAGCUCUGCUCCCAUAAAACCUCACAACUUCUGUGGCAUUUUCAAAACGGUCUCUUAAUUGCUUACGGUGUUUUCAUACUGUUGAAAUGUUUAUCAUGGCUGCAAACAGUAUUUAAAGCAAAGUAUAUUGCAUGAGUUUUGUUAAAAGCAAAAUGUAUCAUCGAGUUAAAGGGAAGGUGUGUCAGUCACAUGAUUUAAAAGGGAGAAUUACCCAGACAUUGUUUUUGAGGGAAAAGCAAACUGACUGACGGCGAGUACAUCACAAAGAAAACCCUUUCAAACCUCUGGUUAAGUCUUUCAGUGGCUUUUUCAAACUCACAAUAUGUUCAGUCAAUUAUUCAUGAAAUGGUGAGCCUGUCACCAGACAGAGAGAGCAGCUAUGCCCUGUGGAAGUACUUUUACUUUCAGCUUAUUUAUUUGACAGAUAUCUCUGUUCAUGAAGUUGUAAUCCUUAAGAUUUCAGUCCUGGUUGAUUUGGUGACACCCGUUGUUACCAUAGUAACAGCAAACACUCCUUGAGCAGCUCCUUUUUUACAAGAGAAGCGACGGGUGAAUCGUGUAAUUAAAAGUGGUCCGCUGACAAGAAAAAGAGCAGAAAAUUACAGUGAUCUUGUUUUGUAGGCGCCUUUUUAAUGACCAAACUCAGGAAGCGCUAACUGCAGUGACAAAUACUUUCCGUUUCCUGUGGGUGCUUGCAUGCAUCGCUUCCUCUGCAUCCCUCUUGUCUAGGAAGGCAAUCUAGUGUAGGAAUGGCGGACUGCCACGACCUAAACAAAGUACAGGAGAGAAGAUUACUGCAGACAAACUGCCGACCAUGGUGUUAAAAAUUGGGUUUGAUUUCAUGAAGAUCUUAAGGAUUACCAUGUUUAAGCAAACACUAUUAUCACUAUUGAAAUGUGUUAAUCCAGUCACUUUCUUGAAGAAAAAAGCACAACUUGGUUAUUACAGUUGUCAGUUAACAUCAAAGGAAACCUACCAGGCUUUGGCCCUCUCUCCACUUAGCCAUGAUAACAGGCUGCAUCACUGUCUUUCCCAUUUUCCCUCCUCUGUAUCCUCUGAUUUCUGUCUGCACACAAACACCAAUUGGUCAUUAUAGUUUUUAUUUUAAACGUGGGAUCAAAGCAAUGAGUUAUAAAUACCAGAUGUGACUAUCACAGCUGUCAUCAUCUAACGUUUUGUGGCUCCAUAAACCACCGACAGUUUCACUGCUCCCGCUCGACACCCCACGGUCAGGAUUCAUGGUAAAUAAGCAAAUAAGUUGUUGGGGAGAGAAAGAAAAGGCCAGAGAGCGCAGAAAAAAGAAGCACUAAUAAACUGAUCCUUCAAGCUUUAGUUCGUAUGUGUUUGAAGUAUGAUUGCGUGAAUACCUCCCAGUACACUUGGAAACAUUGUGAGCUGCUGACAUCACUGCUGAUCACAGAACAGGCUCUAAUGUUGGGGUUUGGCUCCUCGGCAGCUCCUCUGAGGAUCUACAGCGAUCAUGGAAACUAGAAAUGUAAUCCACCAGUGAAAAAAUUGCUUUAAGAACCGUCUAGGUUAGAGCUGUCUGUGUAACGGCCCCCAAAGGGAUUUUUUUUUUCCACCCUACAAACAACAAACCCAGUGACGUUGAGUUAAAACAAAAGAGUUGACAUCAUGAAUGAUCUCAUCUCUCACUGCUUGAUUUGACCUUCCACUUUUCCACUUUGUGCUCUGUUUUUUAUUCGUUUCCUCAGGAGAGAUACGUGGAUCAAAGUGGCCUCACAUGAAAGAGAAACGUAACUCGUUUUGGAAACAUCCCCAUUUAAUUAAUCAGUGCGUUGUACCAUAUAUGUGUAUUACAGCCAGGUCAGGAUAGGGUGGAGGAGGAGGAGGAGGAGGGGGGUAUAUUUUGAGGUCUCCUUUCUUAUUGGGGUUUUAUAGAUUUUGGGUGCACUUUUUCUCUUUUUUUAAAUUGUUAUUUAGUUUAACUCUUCUCCACCCUUGUUUUCCCAUGCCAGGGCUUUGGUGGAAAGGUUUAGAUGUCUGAGAAUAAACUACUUUAAUCUCGCUCUCACUCUCAUCGUCACACACACACGCACCCAUCCACCACACAUCUGCCACUGCAGUCCGCAUUGGAGGAGCAGUCCUCGCCUCAAACUUUCAGCUUUUUAAUUAACUUUCUUUUUUUUCCUCUUCUCAUCGCACUCGGCUUACUUAAGUGCUCAAACUCGGUGAUAUAUAGCACAUCAGUGUCUGCAUGCACGCAUUUUUCAUAUAUGGCUGAUUCAUUGCUGUCAGCUUGUUUCUUAUUUGGUAAAGUCGCUCCAUGCAAACUGCUGUCUCUGCUCGAAAAAUGAUCUUUUUCUCUCAGUCUCGGUUUCAUCUCUAACGACUGUUUUGACAAAAGCAAAAAUGAGCUGAAGUGAUGAAUGUUUUUGUAAAGUUCUUCAUGCUUUUGGGUCACUCACCAACUGGUUGCAUGUAAAUUAAGUUAUUCGCUACGGACUACGUUCAUUAUUUCUCAUCACUAAUGUUUAUAUAUAUGUACAUAAUGCUCAUAGGUUAGCGUAGAAUUAGCCGUUUGAUUUAUACGCUCAUGCACAGUUUGUUCUGGACUCCCCUACUGAAUAGUUGGUGCCUUAGACGGGCUGAGCAAUGCACAGAGACUUUGAAAAAUGACAAGCAUUAAUAUAAAGGGUAUUAAUAUCAUUAAAGAGGAGGACUGACUGGUCCGGUAAUAUGUCUUCCAUCUUGAUAUUUAAGAUUUUCUGUUAUCAAAACAUCAGAAUAGACAAAAGGUUGAUUAUUUUUGCCUUAUACACUUUGAAAGGACACAUGUAACAAGUUAGUUACUGAGAAAAUUGUAAUAAGUAAAGUUUCACUGGGAAUUAAGACAAGCCAGAUUCAUAGAAAAUAUUAUUGUCCUGUAAAUAUGCUGGCUGUUUUUUUUUUGUUUUAUUUUGUUAUUGAAAAAAGUAUUUUUUGUAUGAGGUCUGUACUUUUCACAGAGUAUUAGUUUAUCUUACGUGCGUUCGAGGAGCUCUUGUCUCAUGAUAACGUAGAGGGCGAGCCUGUUUUCACUGCAUUUUAUAUCUGUUCUCAAGAGUUUCUGACCCAAUUAUUUUGUAUGUUGUUGUUUGAAUGAUUGGAAUCAGAGAUUAAAGUGCGGUAGAUUGUAUUUUGUUCCUUUUGUUUGCAAUAAAAAAUACAUCGUCAU